CCGCGGCCUGGCCUUGCAUCCCCUGUGCAGCACACCGACCGCAUCCGCAGCGACGCCGAGCACCAACCUGGGACGAGCUGAUACGACGGUCCGGUGAUCGGCAUCGGGCUCGCUUUUAUCGCCAAAAUGACUUCAUGCCAGCUCCAGCUUGAACAGGCUAUAGCUUCGGCUGGUCCCGCUGCAGCCGAGGAGCUGAACAGCCCGACAGCGCUGGUUUCGCCUCCGAUCUACACAUCAUCUGAAUCCCAUGAUGCAGAUGCGCCCUGUAACGGUUCCCGCAAGUUUAUUGACUAUUCCGACUACGACGACUUGCUCUGCGAUCUACUGGUAGACUCGGUGUGUUUCGGCGAAUCUACCCACAAAAUGAACGAAGAUUACUUCACUGCUUGCUACCGAGACUGCCCUGCCUCCGUCCCUGCUCCCUCCCCUAUUCCUGUGCUGCUGUCUGCCUCGGCUGCGAGUGCCGGUGGAGGCGAUGAUCAUUCCUAUACAUCUGUAGCAUCUACGGAUGGCGGGAUUUCGGCAUGCGCUGAUCCGACUGGCAACCAGAGUCUGGGUCCAACGUGUGUUGUCGUCGCAGAGACAGAAUCAUCCCAAAGUAUCGAGAGCAUCGCCAACGAUAAGUUGGACAUAUCAGAGCCAGAGGCGGCAGGCUCCAUAUCUACCCCACCAGCGGAGAGCAACGUCCGUAAGCAGACACACGGCCUUGCUAGUCAACCGCUCCUGCCAGCAAGAUCCGAGCUUGCCCACCCAAUGGUCGAGCAGCUGAAGGUCUCCGUCCAGGGCCGAACUGAAGCUUUGGCAGGAGUGUGGGUGAUCGAAGAAGAGGGCUUUUGUCCCUGUCCCCUGGACCUUCAGUCAAGUGGUCACGUUGGUGGCGACAAGUCAAUCUCGGCCACGACGGUCAGCACACAUUCAGUCACCCUUGCGUCGAUAUGUGCUGAGCAGCCGGAAUCUCAACCGGAACUGCACGAUCUGGGAAGCACCGAACCGAAGCAGCCCAUUGUCCCCGACACGGACGCCGGGGUGAGCGAGGCGUCGGCUUCUGUUAUGGACGCAGUCCAUAGUAGUUGCUCUACCGCUGUCCCAACGAAUCCCACAAGUUCCGGUGAUGAAAUUACCGAGUCUACUGUCACAAGCGAAAAUUCCGACAGCGCGGGCGACUUUGUCGACGAGGUUUCCUCUGGAAAGCCUCUCCUGAGCCGAGUCAAUAGCCGAGUCAAGUACAUCAACCAUGGGAAGCUUGACCGCCCCGCAAUCCUCGACUUUGUCCGCGAGAUCAUCCGAAACUGCCUUCUCUUCGAGCGAGCUUUACGUGGCAGUGCUUCUGUACUCACAGGCUUCCUUUCGGACCGAUUGACCGACAUCCGGGAUGAGUAAGUAUUUGUCUUGAUCAUUGAUUUGGUCGUGCCACCUCUGUCUAACCGUGUUGAUUGUCGUCACCCAUGCGCUUAUCCAUUCCAACGCCUGUUGGCUAUUCGGCAUCGGUGGACGAUACUGCGGACACUCGCCGGGACAUUGAUAUCGACAUAUCGGACCUGGCUUAACCAUUGAUUGAACCGCACGAUGGAUGGCAACCAAUCACUGAUACGACUACACAUUGGGUGUGACUCUAUUUCAUCGGCGUUACUGAAAUUGCCAAUGACGGCAACAGAGACGCUCCCAAAGAUCUCCUGAA